AUGCUCAGCGUGCAUACAAUCAUCAUCGCCAUCUCCCUGGCCACCCUCUCCCCGCUCAUCGCAGCCGGCCCCUCAAUCGACCCGAGUGACGGCCUCGUCUUCUGCGACCAAGGCGAUAGAGGCAUUUCGAAAGCCUUCGCACAGCACAUUGUCAACAACAUCGACACGAGCAAGACCGACUUCGGUGUGCCCGGGAACGACAAGGACUUCAACUUCGGCACGAACUGCCUGAGCACCAGCCACACCGGCAGUCAGUCCUGCUGCCAGGUAGCGUUCGUAAAUGACGACGGAAACCAGGGCACGGUAACGAUGACCUCCAACAAGAAAUCGACGGGCUUCGACGCCCUUGGGGGUAAAACUGACGGGGCUACGCUGAAGCGUCUCGCGACGGAAGUCCUGAACAAUUGCUGGACUGUCGCUGGUGACCAUUCUGGGAGGUGGGCGGGGGAUGGGUUCCAGGUCGGGUUGAGUGGGGGCACUUGCUAA